AUGGACAUUGUUGAGGACGAUUCGGUGCAGAAUAAUAAUGUGAGUCGUUUUUUUGUGGCUGUGAAAAAAAAGAAAUUUUUUUUUUGAUAAGAAACAUUACAAUUUUUGUUCGUUUCUUUCUCUCAUUCUCUGCUUCGGGAAGAAGAAAAUUUCUUGAUUUUUUUUUAUUUUCGAAAAAAAAUUUUGAUUCAAAAUUGAAAUGGAAAUGAAUGAGUUUCAUAGGAGUUAUAAGGUUGGUUUUUGAAUUUUACAAAUUUAAUUGAAAAAAAAAAUCUAUUUUGAACUCAUUUUUGAGCUUAGAUUCCCGGGGAUUUUUGAAAAAUUUCAUAAUUUUUUAAGAAUUUUAAAAUUUUUCAAAAGAUUCAGGAGGCUUCCCAAGGCUUCCCAAGGCUUCCCAAGGCUCCCCAAGGCUUCCCAAGGCUUCUCAAGGCUUCCCAAAGCUUCCCAAGGCUUCCCAAGGCUUCCCAUAACUUCCCAAGGCUUCUCAAAACUUCCCGAAGCUUCCCAAGGCUUCCCAAGGCUUCCCAAGGCUUCCCAAGGCUUCCCAAGGCUUCCCAAGGCUUCCCAAAGCUUCCCAAGGCUUCCCAAGGCUUCCCAAGGCUUCCCAAGGCUUCCCAAGGCUUCUUUUUUUUCCAGAAAUGUGCACACGUCGAGAAAAAGACUGAAAAAGAGCUGAAAUUUAUUGGCGAGCCGAUUUCCAACACAUCAAUCGAUUUGAAGUGAGUUAUUUUGGGUGGGAAUUUGAAAAUUUGAACUUUUGUACCCUUUUUUUCUUAUCAAUAAAUUUUAUUAAAAAUAGAAAAGUUUUGAAAAUUGAAAAAUUCAAGCCAAAAUUUCAUAUUUCAUCAUUUUUUGUAAACAAAUUGCAAUUAUCGAUUUUUUUCGGAAAUAAAAAAGCUAUAGUGAAUUUUUGCGAAAUAACCAGAAGAUUAUUGAUUUUCAGAUGUUUUUCUGAAAAAAUAAUUUCAGCCUAAUUCAAAGCUGAAAAUUGGAAUGUUAAGAUUUUCUGAAAUUCAAGAAUUUCAGGGUUUUUUGCUGAAAAAAAAACAAUUUUUAUAAAAGAUUUUCCAGAAUUAAAAAAAAGCCCAACUCAUAUUCUUUUUUAAAUGUUUUUCUGAAAAAUAAUUUCAGCCUAAUUCAGUACUAGAAAUAAGAAUGUUAAGAAAUCCAAAAAUUGAAGAAUUUCAGGCUUUUUUGCUGAAAAAUCUAUAAUUUUAAGAUUUUCGGAAAUUCCAGCUUAGCUUAGCUCAUAUACUUUUUUAAAAAAUAUUUUUCUAAAAAAUAAUUUCAGCCUAAUUCAGUGCUGAAAAUUCGAAUGUUAAGAUUUUCUGAAAUACAAGAACUUCAAGUUUUUUUGCUGAAAAAGUUAGAAUUUUAAGAUUUCCUGAAAUUCAAGCCUAGUCUAGCUCAUAUACUUUUUUUAAAAAAUGUUUUUCUGAAAAAUAAUUUCAGCCUGAUUCAAUACUAGAAAUCAGAAAUUUUAGGAUUUCAGAAAAUUCAAGAAUUUCAGGCUUUUUUGCUGAAAAAAAAACAAUUUUUUUCAGAGAUUUUCCAGAAUUAAAGCCUAGCUAAGCCUAAGGCUUAAUUAGGAUUCUAGGCUUAAGCCCUAAGUCUAGGCUUAGGCCCUAAGCCUAGAAUCCUAAUUAAGCCUAAGCCUAGAAUCCUAAUUAAGUCUAAUCCUAGAACUUUUGCUAAGCCUAAGCCUAGACUUCAGCCUGAUUCUAACCCCCAAAAAUCCCAAUUUUUUCCAGAAAAGUGUCGAAGAAGCUGGGCUUCCAAGUUAGCCUAUCUCUCGUUUUCUUCUUCGUCGAACUCAUCGUUGGAAUUUUGUGCAAAUCAGUUGCUCUUGUCGCUGAUAGUUAUCAUAUGAUUAGUGACGUCACCGCUUUGGUUGUUGCGUUUGCCUGUUUGAGAGUGGGUUUUUUUUCUCUAGAACUUACCAUAACUCCUCUUAAAAUCCUUGCAGCUCGCCAACAAAACCACCAAAUCCAACACGUACGGUCUCGUCAGAAUGGAAGCCGUCGGCGGUCUUUUCAACGGCCUCUUCCUCUUCACGGUGUGUCUUUCGAUUUUCCAAGAAGCCGCUCAACGGCUCAUCAAUCCGAGCACAAUUAAAGAGCCCGAAUUUGUGAUGGCUGUUGGUGUCAUCGGAUUAGUGAUCAAUAUUGUUGGAUUGUUUUUGAUGCACGGUGAACACGGACAUUCACAUGGUGGAGGUGGACAUGGACAUAGUCAUGGUGGAGCUGCGAAGAAAAAUGGGGCCACUAAAAAUCAUGGGCAUAGUCAUGAGAAGGCUAAAGAUGCGGAACCACUUAUGAUGAUUGAAGAAGUUCGGGAGAAAAGGUUGAAUUCGGGGAUUUCGCUGGAAAAAGUUACACCGUAUAAUGUGAGUUUUUUAAGGGGAUUCUUAAAUUAAAAUUGAAUUUUUUGGUGACUGUAAAAAAAUUGAUGAAAAUGCCAAUGAAUUGGACCUGUUCCAAUUCAUUGCCUCAAAGUUUUAUCGAUUUUUUGAAAAAAAGUUCUGACUGGAUUCUGUUGAUUUCAGUCAGUUGAUUUUCAAGCUACAGUAAUCCGGAGAAUAUUUCGCCAAAAAUCGGAUAGGUUUUGAACUACAGUAACCAAAAACAUCCAGAUGAAAUUUGAGAUACAGUAAUCUUGAGAAAAUAGGGACUAAAAGAUCUAGAUGAAUUUUGAGCUACAGUAAUCCGAGAAAAAAGUUUCGUAAAUAACCAGGUCAAUUUAGAACUACAGUAAUCCAGAAAAAAUAGGGUCCAAAACAUUAGAUGAAUUUUAAGCUACAGUAAUAUAGAUUUUUCAUCUACAGUAAUCCGAGAAAAUCUGGCGCUGAAAACUUGUGAUUUUUCAGCUACAGUAACCUAACAAAAAUUGUUAAAAAUCACCUGGUCAAUUUUGAACUACAGUAAUCUAGAAAAAAUGGAGGCCAAAAUAUCCAGAUGAAUUUUGAGCUACAGUAUGAAUUUUGAGCUAUUUUGAAUGAAUGAAUUUUGAGCUAUUUUGAGCUACAGUAACAUCUAGAUGAUUUUCAAGCUACAGUAAUCUAAAAAAAAAUUCAAAAAACAACGAGGUCAAUUUUGAACUACAGUACGCUAGAAAAAAUAGGGGCUAAAACAUCUAGAUGAAUUUUGAGAUACAGUAAUCCAAAAACAUUUUGAAGCCGAAAACUUGAUGGUUUUAGGGAUACAGUAAUUCGAAACAUCUCGAUGAAUUUUGAGCUACAGUAAUCCGAGAAAAAUCUUCUCCAGGUGUAUUCAGAGAACUACAGUAAUCUAGAAGAAUUAGAGAUAAAAAAAUCUAACAUGCAUUUUGUGCAUUUUGAGCUACAGUACUCCAAAACAAUCCCAAAAAAAAUCAAUAAUCUCCAAAUUUCUGCAGGGAAUAACAAAACAAUUGCUCGAUUCAAUGUCAACAAUCGAUUCCGGCUCAGAACACGACGAAACCGACGAAACAACCAAAAAAUCAAAAAAAUCCAAAAAAACCAAAAAUGUAAAUAUCAUGGGCGUCUAUCUUCAUCUACUUUCUGAUGCAAUUGGUUCAGUCAUAGUUAUCCUAACUUCAAUAGUCGUCAUUUUCUUCAAAGACUGGAGAUUUACACCGUAUUUGGACCCGGUUUUAAGCAUGUGCCUGGCUUCUAUGAUGAGUGUCACUUCAAUUCAACUUAUCGUAAAUGCCAGUUAUAUUUUGCUCAGAAAAAGUCCACGUGGUUUCAAUGUGGAGAAGUUGCAAGCUGAUGUUAAAAAGGUGAGGAUUUUUGGAGACCUCCCACGAAGAAAACCCCAAAUUCCUUUUCCAGAUAAACGGAGUUGUGACUGUAAACGACGUCAAAGCUUGGCCCUUAACUGGAUCUCGAAUUGUUGCAAGUGUUCGUGUUCUCGUGUGCAAUCCGAUUAUUUAUCCGUCGGUUUCGAAGAAAAUCAAAAUUCUGUUCCAUGACAAUGGUUGCCAUUCGGUGUCGAUUGAACCGACUUUUGAGGUAUGGCUACUUGAGAACAAGGUUUUCUAGGCUAUACUUCUUGACAUAGAAGCUCUGUAGGCGCGAACUCUUGACAAAGAUGCUCUCAAGGCGCUGCUACUUGAGAGCUACGUUUUCUAGGCGCUGCUACUUGUCAUAGCAGCUCUCAAAUUGCUAACUCUUGACGAAGAUGCUCUCAAGGCGCGGCUACUUGAAAGCUACGUUUUCUGGACUCUGCUACUUGACAUAGGAGUCCUUAAGGCGCGGAUCCUUGUCAGAGUGAUUCUCUCGGCGCGGCUACUGGUCAUCGCAACUCCUUAAUCGCGAACUCUUGACAACAAUGUUCUCAAAGCGCGGCUACUUGAGAGCUACAUUUUCUAGGUUUUACUGCUUGACAUAGAUGCUCUCAAGGCGCGGAUCCUUGCAAGAGUGGUGUUCUAGGCGGGGCUGCUUGAUGACGAAUCUUUCCAGGCGCCACACCUAGCCGAAAUCCUUCCCAAAUUCAAAAAAUCUCCUAAAAACCUAAAAACCUCUCAUUUUUUCCAGGAAGAAUGUAUGCAAAAAAUCAACGAAUCAACAUAA